ACCCUUUACCCGCGCCCGCGGCUCCUUGGCCAACUCGGGUCCCGCGGUCGGCGGAGCGGGCGCGCGCGCCGGGGGUCGCGCGGCUGCCGAGAAGGGCGUGCGCGCGCUGAGGGAGUGGAGGCGUAGGGGGGUGGGAGUACGGCUCGCUUGCUCGCAAGAUGGCGGACGAGGACGGGGAAGGGAUUCACCCCGCAGCCCCUCACAGGAACGGAGGUGGCGGCGGCGGUGGGGGUUCUGGGCUCCACUGCGCCGGGAACGGCGGCGGCGGAGGCGGUGGCCCGCGGGUCGUGCGAAUCGUCAAGUCCGAGUCUGGCUACGGCUUCAACGUGCGGGGCCAAGUGAGCGAGGGCGGGCAACUGCGGAGCAUCAACGGGGAGCUGUACGCCCCGCUGCAGCAUGUGAGCGCCGUGCUGCCCGGGGGGGCGGCCGACCGGGCCGGGGUGCGCAAGGGGGACCGCAUUCUGGAGGUGAACGGCGUGAAUGUUGAGGGGGCGACACACAAGCAGGUGGUGGACCUGAUCCGAGCAGGCGAGAAGGAAUUGAUCUUGACAGUGUUAUCUGUACCUCCUCAUGAGGCAGACAACCUAGAUCCCAGUGACGACUCGUUGGGACAAUCAUUUUAUGAUUACACAGAAAAGCAAGCAGUGCCCAUAUCGGUCCCCACAUACAAACAUGUGGAGCAGAAUGGUGAGAAGUUCGUGGUAUACAAUGUUUACAUGGCUGGGAGGCAGCUCUGUUCUAAGCGGUACCGGGAGUUUGCCAUUCUGCACCAGAACCUGAAGAGAGAGUUUGCCAACUUUACAUUUCCCCGACUUCCAGGGAAAUGGCCAUUCUCUUUAUCAGAACAGCAGUUAGAUGCCCGACGUCGGGGGUUGGAAGAAUAUCUAGAAAAAGUGUGCUCAAUACGAGUCAUUGGUGAGAGUGACAUCAUGCAAGAAUUCCUGUCAGAAUCAGAUGAGAACUACAAUGGCGUGUCCGACGUAGAGCUGAGAGUAGCAUUACCAGAUGGAACUACAGUUACAGUCAGGGUUAAAAAGAACAGUACUACAGACCAAGUAUAUCAGGCUAUUGCAGCAAAGGUUGGCAUGGACAGUACAACAGUGAAUUACUUUGCCUUAUUUGAAGUGAUCAAUCAUUCCUUUGUUCGUAAGCUGGCACCUAAUGAAUUUCCUCAUAAACUCUACGUUCAGAAUUACACAUCAGCUGUGCCAGGCACCUGCCUGACUAUUCGAAAGUGGCUUUUUACCACAGAAGAAGAAAUCCUCUUAAACGACAAUGACCUUGCUGUUACCUACUUCUUUCAUCAGGCUGUCGAUGAUGUGAAAAAAGGCUACAUCAAAGCAGAGGAAAAGUCCUACCAGUUACAGAAGCUGUAUGAACAAAGAAAAAUGGUCAUGUACCUCAACAUGCUAAGGACCUGCGAGGGCUACAAUGAAAUCAUCUUCCCGCACUGUGCCUGCGACUCCAGGAGGAAGGGGCAUGUAAUCACAGCCAUCAGCAUUACGCACUUUAAACUGCAUGCCUGCACUGAGGAGGGACAGCUGGAGAACCAGGUAAUAGCAUUUGAAUGGGAUGAGAUGCAGCGGUGGGAUACAGAUGAAGAAGGAAUGGCCUUCUGUUUUGAAUAUGCACGAGGAGAGAAGAAGCCUCGAUGGGUUAAAAUCUUCACCCCAUAUUUCAAUUACAUGCAUGAGUGCUUCGAGAGGGUGUUCUGCGAGCUCAAGUGGAGAAAAGAGAACAUUUUCCAGAUGGCGAGGUCACAGCAGAGGGACGUGGCCACCUAGCCUUUCGUUAUUCUCUUCCCUUCUCUUCACCCUCAUCCUCUUACCCUGUUCGUCUCCCAUGUCAGACAGAGUAACCAUUAACACAAAAGAAGAGAAAAAGGAAAAAAGUCAUUAUACUCAAAAGCCCUAAACUAAAUAUGAUUAAUAAUCCCCUGAAUGUCAUGUCUCUGGAAUUGAGCUGGUAGAGAACCACAGGCUGGUCAGCGCCAGGCGCCACCUGAGUUAAGACAGGAAGAGAAAGGAGCCCAGCCAGCGCGCCGGCGGCGGCUCUGUCCUCGCGCCUGGGCCUCGCACCAACACGCUCUCCUUGUGCUAUAUUUUUAAAACUGGAACUAUGAACUCCAUCCAUUUGCACUGUUCAGACAUAUAUAUGUAUGUAUGUAAAAAUUAUAUAUACACAAAUUAGCUGCACGUAUAUACAUAUAUAUAUUUCUUUUUAAAUUUCAUAUUGAUGGCAGUACCUUUUUUAGCUUGUGUUUUUACACACCUUUCACUAGAAUUCAUGACUUCUCUCUUGCUCUCUUUAUUUUGAAACAAACUUUAAAAAGGAAAAAAAAAUUUACAGGGAAAAUACCUCUCCUCAUGAAGGACUCGAAAAGUUUACAACCUACUUGGGUUUUUCUCCCUUUUUUUGUAUCGAGUGAAGAUUCUGGAUCAUGGGUUGCCACAGAGUCUGAGGAGCAAGGAGCAUAGUUUCUUUAUCUUCCAAGAGGCUGCUGGGGAGGAGAAAGAGGUGUGUUUCUCAAGGACAGCAAGGCUGCAGAUCUGCAGGGAGAGUCUAAGCACGGAGUGUGGUCUCUUGAUUCCAAAACAGCUUUCCUGGCCCGUCUCUCUCUCUCUUCCUGCUUCCUGAGGGCCCCUUGUUUGCUUUCCUGCAGCUGGCCUAGAGCGACGGGGAGGGUGGGCUCGGGAGGUUGAUGCCACAGGAACCUGAAACACUUUGUGGUUGUGAUUUCUCAUUUCCCUGCCAUUUCUGAGGCAGGGAUAGUGCCUGGGACCAGAGUUACAGCUGAUACCUUUAGGCACGACGACUGGACUUGCAUAGGGAGAAGGAAGGAAGAAAUGCCCUGUAGUACAUAAGCUUUUCCCUGCUCCAUUCCUGACCAGUAACCACCCAUAACUAUUACAUUCUCUGCGACUUCCGUGAACAGCUGUGUUGGGGAGGGAUCUGCCGACAUCUGCAAGGCCUUGGGGAAACUUGCAAUGGGUCAGUGGUCUGUGCCGACCAAACCAGAGCCCAUCCGAGCCAGCUGAGGACUCAGGAAGGAGUAGUAGGAGUGUGGUUGAUUUGGGUUGGAUCUCAGCUUUUAGUUAAAAGGAGACUGAAGGAAAACUUUUUUGUCCCUCAAAGAACUUCUCAUCUGACUUUGCAUUUAGACCUUGUGAGACCCAAGAGCUACAUCCCAGGGUCUGGGGCCAGGGCUGACGGUGGUGGGGCAACCCCUAGGCUCCAAAGAGCUGGAGUCAGGCUCUAAGUGGGAGCUCUAAGUCAGGCUCUGAUGCAUCUGAGACACAUUUUUGAGUCUUCUUUUCUUUUUUCCUUCUAAACAGAAACCUCCAUAGGGUGAUGUCUUGCUUUGUCUAACUGGGAGGCAACCGUAGUUGGUUUUAGUCAACUCCACUGAGCAGUGUUGGAGUGGUUUGACGUUUCUGUUUUUGUAACUUGUUUUGGCAGAUCAUCGUGAGGCCACUUUCUUUUUCUCACUCUGUCGUCCUGGCAGUCGCUUGCCCCAGGGGGUGUGGGAUCAUAUAGGACAUCCUGUCUUCCCUCCCCUUCUCCAAAUCCCGGUGGAAUCAGAGUGCAAAACGUAAGAAUGCCGAGUGUUGAAAGCUGCAUAGAGUGAUCUCUGAUUCGGAGGCUUUGACACAGAAUUAACUUCUGACUUAAAUGAAUUUAACAGGGAGCCAAAGGGCCCUGGAAAGAAGAUAGAUUGAUUGCCCUCUCCAAGAUGCUGAAGAGACGUUUGGCACCAGCUUUGUUCAAACUUUAAAAAUAGCAGCAGUUUGCUCCUAUUCCCUCAGAGUGGGAGAGGAAUGAGCAAAUCCAGGAGCCCAAGGGAAACCCAGAUGCUGGCCUCUGAUGCGAGAGUAGCAAGGAUACCCUCAGCGCGGACAGAGGCUGCUCCGAUCCUGUGCUGACCCGGAACUCACUGGGUGCUUGGAGAUCAGUGAGGGGCCUGUGGGUGGUUAGCCUACCGGCAGAAUCUGUCUGGGAACAGCCCGUACUUGUUAGUGGCUGUACCACUAACCAAGCCCCCAGCUACAGUGAGAAGGGAGAAGGCGGGAAACCCUGGCGGACAGUACCUGCUUCUCUCCCACCAACGGCCCUGUGCCCUGCGCCGGAGGCCAAGCUCGGGGCUGUGGGGCUCGUAGGGUCAGGCUCUUCUUUGCAGGAAGCGGCGUUAGUGCGGUGCCCCUUCCCCCUUGUCUGUGCUUCCUUUCUCGCAUCCCUACUGCCUUCUCAGCCCUGGGUUCUGCCCAGGGAGGCUUCUACUCAGUCUUCGUUUGCAGUUUGUCUUUGAGAAAUGGAGGGGCUCUCCUUCUCCCCUGCUCUGCCCCAGCAGGGUCUUCCCGGUCUCCUGUGGUCCUUCCCUUCACGACGAAGACUUUUCUAACUUCUUUGGUAAAGGUUCAGAGAUUUUUAUGGAUCAGGAAAAAAAGGGGGGUCCCUGAGAAACCUACCCCUGCAGGUAGAGCCCUGCUUUGGGUUUUCUGCUCUUUACAUUUUUAUUCUUCUCUCCGUUUUUGUGCCCUCCCCUUGAGCUAGGCCUGAGCUCGGCACAGGUGGGUGCCCAGGGCAGCUCCUGGGCCUGGACAGAGCUCUCAGGGCGGAAUUAGAUAAAUGUUCAACAUCCCCAGGCCUGGCCCAUCUGGUUUCACCCUUUAGUUACCCAGGCCAGUAGCUUUGGGUCGUCCCCUCUUGUAGCCCCAAACCCAAUGCUGGGAGCAGCAGUGUAGGCCACUAACAGGAGGUGACACCUCUCUCAGUUUCAGAAUUUGCCAGCUUAGGGGCCUGGCUCUAAAAGGCAGUUUUCUUAAAGGGGACUGCUCCCUGGGUGACCUGGAGGGACAACUGUGCCCUCCCUUCUCUCCCUCGUGUUCUCUGGCUGGAUUGCUUCAGCUGUAGAAACUAUUUGUUCUUUUGGACCCCAACAUACUGCUAGGUUCCUUCCAGAUUCAUUGUGUCACAUUAGCUUCCUUUGGAGGGAAGGUUAUGUUGACGAACACUCCAAGAGAGAGCAGAAGCAAUGGAGGUGCUUCUUUGACUCCCCAUCUUCCAGCUCCACCUUCUACCUUCCUCUUCCCCUAAACCUGAGCGCGUCAUGCCAGGCCUCACUUGUACAGGACUGCGUCAGCUCACUCCUCAGUGCAAAUCUAGGGUGUGUGGGAAGCUUAGGGCUCGGAGGGAGAACAGAAUCCAAGAGGGGAGUGAUACAGGGUGGAGGCACUUGGCCAACUGCUAAACUUGGACACCAGUUGUAUAUCAUGCCCCCUUUUUAAGCCGGUGAGCUGGGCUUCAGUUUUCCCCAGGUCAUGCACACUUUUAAUUUAUUUGAGAGAAACUCUAAUUGUAUUUUCACUGCAGUAUCUUGUAUUUUUUAUUUGUGAUUUAAGAAAUGUGAAGAGAAAAUACACCAACACAUAAUGGCUUAACAGUGUUUCUUUCAUUCCUUGUUCUAGAGCUAACCACUCUAAAAUUGUUUGGUAAUGUCACUUAGUGUAAUUAAUUGUAACAUAUUCUUUUAAAUAAAUUGAUUUAUUGAUGAAACUA